GGCCGGGGACUCACAGAGGCUCCAGGAUGGAGUGGGGUGCGGGAGCCAAGCUGCUGCUGUUGUGGGCUGCGUGCUUUGGACACGCACAAGCGGAUAGGUCGAGUGACUACACUUCAGUCAUGGAGGUGACUAAUGGGGGCCCCUGGGGCGACUGGGCCUGGCCUGAGAUGUGUCCCGACGGAUUCUUCGCCAGCGGGUUCUCGCUCAAGGUGGAGCCCCCACAAGGCAUUCCUGGAGACGACACGGCAAUGAACGGGAUCCGGCUGCACUGUGCGCGGGGGAAUGCGGCGCGCAACACUCGCGUAGUGGAGUCUCAGUCAGGAAGGUGGGGCGCGUGGAGCGAGCCGCUGUGGUGUCCCAGUGGCGGCUUCCUCGUGGCUUUCUCGCUUCGCGUGGAGGCACCCGUGACCCCUGGGGACAACACGGCUGCCAACAACGUGCGCUUCCGCUGCUCGGAUGGCACAGAGCUAGAGGGGCCUGGCCUGGCCUGGGGAGACUUUGGAAACUGGAGUGAGCCGUGUUCUAAAGGCAUGUGCGGCCUGCAGGUCAAGAUUGAGCAGCCUAGAGGCCUCCGCGAUGACACCGCGGUUAAUGACGUGCGUUUUUUCUGCUGCCGCAGUUGAUCCUUCGCUGUCCUCUCCCCGGCCCCACCUCAGGCUUGUCCCACCCCUAGCUAUUAAAGCUUCUCCAUCUUG